GCGCUUCAGAGAGAAGAGUUGGGUGUCGCGGCGAGGUUUCUGUCUUGCCGUCCUCGUCCUUCUCUGUCGCAAGUCACUGAAGAAGGCUCCAUAGCAGCUGCGGCUCCCGGGCGAGGUGAUGGCCAAGGUGUCGGUGCUGAAUGUGGCUGUGCUGGAGAACCCGAGCCCUUUCCACAGCCCCUUCCGGUUCGAGAUCAGCUUCGAAUGCAGUGAGGCCCUGUCUGACGACCUGGAGUGGAAGAUCAUUUAUGUGGGCUCAGCUGAGAGUGAGGAGUUUGAUCAGAUCCUAGACUCAGUGCUGGUGGGUCCUGUUCCUGCAGGAAGGCAUAUGUUCGUCUUUCAGGCUGAUGCCCCAAACCCAUCCCUCAUUCCUGAGACGGACGCCGUGGGUGUGACUGUGGUUCUCAUCACCUGCACCUACCAUGGACAAGAGUUCAUCCGUGUUGGCUACUAUGUCAACAAUGAGUACCCAAACCCAGAGCUUCGGGAGAACCCACCCCCAAAGCCAGACUUCUCUCAGCUACAGCGGAACAUCUUGGCCUCUAACCCCCGGGUGACCCGAUUCCAUAUCAACUGGGACAACAAUCCAGACAGGCUGGAAGCCAUAGAAAACCAGGACCCCAAUGUGGACUUCGGCCUUCCCCUUAGUUGCACUCCCGUCAAAAGCCUGGGCCUCCCUAGCUGCAUCCCAGGCCUCCUUCCUGAAAACUCCAUGGAUUGCAUCUGACAGGGGAGGCAGAUAGGGCUCAGUAGGACCCAUGGCAGUCUCCUUGCACACCUGGAGGGGACCUACAAGCCCUCAGACAGUCAUGCUUGGUCAUCUCAAGGAUUUGGGGACCACCAGCUGUCUCCAGACCUGUCAGCCCCAAGGAAAAAAAAAAAUGGGCCCCAAUCUUUUCCAUCCAGGUCCAGAAGAAUCAUCUCACUUAUGAUCUACUGACCUCUAAAAAGCAGGUACUUGUGUUUCUCAUUCUUUGCGUCAUUUUUCCUUCUAUAUUAUCAGUUUCUAUGAGAAGCUUUCUGAAUACCACCUACCUUGAGGCUUGCUUGGGUAGUGCCUGGCUAGCAUUGGCCAGAGGUUAUUAUUCCUUCCAACUUGAGUUCUUGGAGACUCAGGCAAGGAAGGAGUCCUGGUUAGAAGGCCAACCCAAUACAAUGGCUGUCCUUUCAGAGUGUCUAGGACAUUCAGUCUAACUAGUACUAUAAAACUCCCCAAAGGUGAGCUCCCCAGGCUAGUGAGGGAUGGUAGGUACUUUGGUCACAGCCACCUUUUCACCGCCUGACUGAGCCUGGCUUUCUGAGAGGAUUGCCCUGGGUAGGAGGUAUAUUGGAGGUCCUGCUUCAUGCAUUCUGGCCCCAUGGAGUCAUCAGGGUUUGCUUUGACCACAUGUUCAUUCUCAUGUGGUACCU